AGUGUAUUGAUGUUCCUAAAACCUGUCUCAAGCGCAGACGUCAGGACCUGAGGAGUGGGAGGCGGCAGUUGCCGAUAGACCACCACACGGAGUGCAAGGCUUGAUGUUGUUCAUCAACAACGAGUGGGUUGACUCCCAAAGCGGCAAGACGCUUGACACGUUCAACCCUCACGACGGCUCCAUCAUUGCGAAGGUUGCUGAGGGUGACAAGACUGACAUCGACUUAGCCGUGAGCGCCGCGAAGAUUGCUUUCCACCGCAAUUCUGAAUGGCGGCUUCUCGAUGCCUCAGCUCGAGGUCAAAUACUCUGCAGGUUCGCGGAUCUGGUCAAGCGAGACCUGCAGUACCUCGCUGAUUUGGAGUCUUACAACAAUGGCAUGCUGAUCAACUUCGCCAGGUGGGCGAUCGCGGGAAGCGAAAAGUCCAUCCGCUAUAUUGCUAGCUUGGCGGAUAAAAUUCAGGGAGACACCCUUCCUGCUGAUGGCGACGUAUUUGCGUAUACACUGAAGCAGCCAAUGGGUAUUUGUGGAUUGAUUUUACCUUGGAACGUGCCUGUGCUUAUGUUCAUUAACAAAGUCGUGACCGCCUUAGCUGCAGGUUGCACGGUAGUCGUGAAGCCGGCUGAGCAGACCCCUCUAACGGCCUUGGCGUUGGCUGCUCUGCUCAAAGAAGCUGGACUGCCGGCAGGCGUCGUAAAUGUGGUCAACGGGUAUGGCCCCAGCGCCGGGGCUGCGCUCACACACCAUCCAGGCGUCGCUAAGAUCUCUUUUACUGGAUCGGUUGAGGUUGGCAAACUGAUUCAGAAGGCAGCCGGGGCUAACAACUUGAAGCGGGUCACUCUGGAACUAGGUGGAAAAAGCCCCCUUGUCAUAAUGGCUGAUGCAGAUUUGGACAUGGCUGUGCGCACAGCCGCGUUUGCUGUGUUUGGCAAUCAGGGUCAGAUGUGCAUCGCUGCCUCUCGUCUAUACGUCCAAUCUUCCAUCUACGAUAAGUUUGUCGAAAAGGCAGUCGAGUUCGCUAAAAAUAUCAAGAUCGGGAAUCCUUCCGAACCAACCACGCAACAUGGACCACAGAUUGAUGAGGAGAUGAUGAAUAAAGUGCUGCACUACAUUGAAAAGGGGCAACAAGAAGGAGGAAAACUUUUGAUCGGUGGUCAGCGGAUUGGGGACCAAGGUUUCUACAUUCAGCCUGCUGUGUUCAGCAAUGUCACUGAUGACAUGACUAUAGCUAAAGAAGAGAUAUUCGGCCCAGUGCAGAGCAUCCUAAAGUUCGACACGCUGGAAGAGGUCAUCGACCGCGCCAACAAGACGAGCUACGGGCUCGCGGCCGGCAUCUUUACCACCAGCGUCACCAACGCUCUGCAGUUCAGCAAACACGUCGAGGCUGGAAUCAUUUGGGUCAACAACUAUCUUUCAUUCCCCCCGCAAUGUCCUUUUGGCGGCUUUAAAGAUUCUGGAAUUGGUCGCGAAAAUGGAAUGGACUGCGUCAACUCCUAUCUAGAAGUCAAGACAGUGAAUAUGGCUCUGUCGAAAAAGUUCUAGAAGACUAUACAUGUAACCGGUAUUAAUGGUGCUACGUGUUGUGACGAUUAUUUUUUAACUAUGAAGUCCCUAUUUGUAAUUAUUUUUACAAUAAAUAAAAUAUUUAAAUCUAAACAAUACCAAGUAA